AUGUAUCCGCCCGUUGCACGACUUCUCGUCUCGCAAGCUGCUUUGUCCGGACAUUGGCAGCUCGAGUCGCUCAUCCGUCUCUCGCAAGCGCGCGCUCGAGCGGAACUCGCUGAGACCGUCCCGGUCGAGCACGCCCGAGAUGUCGUUGACAUCCUGCAGGACUGUUUGCGCGACACGUGCGUCGCUGAAGACAGCAGUCUCGACUUUGGCCGCAGCGGAGGCAUGAGUCUGGCCAAGAAGGUGAAAGCGUACGUCGCACGGCUCAUGAAAGCGGCAGCCCGACGCAACACGAGUCUGUUCUCCAUGGACGACCUGGUCCAAGUGGCCGACAGCAUGGCGCUCAAGGUGGACAACUUUCGGGACUUCGUGGACAUCCUGCGCAACGAGUGUUACUUGCUGAAGAAAGGCCCGGGACAGUACAAAGUGCAAACGUCGUCGUACAACAUGAUGUGA